CCUCCUGUCUCCUCCUGUCUGCAGGGAAACUUAACGGACUCUUUGCUCCUCAGCGGAAAAUCCUGGAUUUUCAUCUCAUGAGUUUCCUGGAGAACUGAUCCAGCGACAGAAAGGUAAAGAGACACACACAGAGAGAGAGAGAGAGAGGGAGAGAGAGGGAGAGAGAGGGAGAGAGGUGCAGACUCGUCGCGUUGAAGUUUCAGCUGCAGAGACUCGACAUCGAGCGGAUCUUGCUGCCACAACAUGCAGCCAGUUAGUGCAGAAGCAGGCACUAUGUCCACCCCCACAAACCCAGAGGUGAAGGAACUGAACCCUGUCGACUUUAUCCAGCUGCAGCAGUACAUCGAGUACUGCAGCUUGAAGGUGAAGGAUGUGCUGAGGGAAUUUGAUGCAGAUGGCAGUCUGGCCCGGCACAGACACGGAGAGUGCAUCAAUGAAGAAGGCUUUCGUCUGUUCCUGAAGACGUAUUUAGAGGUGGAGGACGUCCCUGUGGCCCUCUGCCAGCGACUCUUCCUCUCAUUCCAGAACUCUGAACCCAGCCAGGAAGAUAGCACCAAGGAGGUUUUCCUGAAGGAUGUGUCAUGUUACUUCUCUCUGCUGGAGGACGACCAGCCCCGGGACAAACUGGAGUUUGCUUUCAAGCUCUAUGACAGAGAUGGGAACGGAGUCCUCGACAGCUCUGAAGUGGACAGGAUUAUUGCUCAGAUGAUGCAUGCUGCAGAAUACCUGGGCUGGGAUGUGUCAGAGUUGAGGCCGGUUCUGAAGGACAUGAUGACGGCUAUUGAUGCUGACAGCAGUGGCACGGUGUCUCUGGAGGAGUGGGUGGAGGGAGGCAUGAACAACGUUCCCUUGCUGGUGCUGCUGGGUCUGAAGCAGAUGACCCAGAAGGACGGUCAGCACCUUUGGAGGAUGAAACAUUUCAACAAGCCGGUUUACUGCAACGUGUGUCAGAGCUUGCUGCUGGGUCUGAGGAAGCAAGGGCUGUGCUGCACCUGCUGCAAGUACACAGUCCACGGACGCUGCGCUAACAAGAACCCGGCUCCUUGCACCAGGACGUACGUGAAGUCGAAGAAAGACAUGGGGGUUCCAGCACACGACUGGGUGAGUGGGAACUGUGACUCGAGGAAGUGUGAUAAAUGCCAGAAGAAGAUCAAGAGCUUCCAAGGCUUAACGGGCAAACACUGUGUGUGGUGCCACACGAUGUGUCACGACGAAUGUGCCGACCAGGAGCCAACGGAGUGCUCCUGUGGGCCGCUCAGAGACCAUGUCCUGCCUCCAUGGGCCAUAUAUCCUGUUAUAAAGGAGAGACCAAACAACGUGAAGAAUUGCUGCUCGAGUUCGACGGACGACAGCGAGCUCAAUACUACUCCUGAUGGACAAGUGCUGCAGAUCAGCCCUGUGUCAAACACCCAUCCUCUUCUCGUGUUUGUUAAUCCCAAAAGUGGAGGCAAGCAGGGAGAAAGGGUCCUGCGUAAAUUUCAGUUUUUGCUGAACCCGCGGCAGGUUUACAACCUUUCAAAUGGUGGACCUGGACCAGGACUGAGCUUCUUCAGAAAUCUGCAGAACUACAGGAUCUUGGUGUGCGGGGGAGACGGCACCGUUGGCUGGAUCCUGGACGCGAUAGACAAAGCCAACCUGCAGGUACGACCACCUGUCGCCGUGCUUCCUCUGGGAACAGGAAAUGACCUUGCACGAUGUCUGCGAUGGGGAGGAGGAUAUGACGGCGAGGAUCUGACUCGUAUUCUUAAAGACAUCGAGGGGAGCUCUCAGGUGCUGAUGGACCGCUGGAGCGUGCAGGUCAUCACAGAUGAGAACCAGGAGAAGGGUGACCCGGUGCCGUAUGAAAUCAUCAACAACUACUUGUCCAUUGGAGUUGACGCCUCCAUCGCUCACCGCUUUCACACGAUGAGGGAGAAACAUCCACAGAAAUUCAACAGCAGAAUGAAGAACAAGCUGUGGUAUUUUGAAUUCGCCACGUCAGAAACCAUCUCUGCUUCCUGCAAGAAGCUGAACGAAAGCCUAACGAUCGAGUGCUGCGGUACUCCCCUGGACCUCAGCAGCCUGUCUCUGGAGGGCGUUGCUGUACUCAACAUUCCCAGCAUGCACGGUGGCUCCAACCUGUGGGGCGAGACCAAAAAAGGAGACGCUAAGGCGCUGUCCAGUCAGGAGGAGCCACAGGUGAUCAUCGACCCAGAGAUCCUCAAAGUGACGUCCCAAGAUCUCAGUGACCGUCGUUUAGAAGUGGUCGGCCUUGAAGGAGCCAUGGAGAUGGGGCAGAUCUACACGGGCCUGAAGAGCGCGGUGAGGCUCGCCAAAACGUCCCAGAUCACCAUCAGGACAAAGAAAGCAUUACCAAUGCAGAUAGAUGGGGAGCCGUGGAUGCAGCCUCCCUGCACGAUUCACAUCACUCACAAGAAUCAAGCCAGCAUGUUGAUGGGUCCUCAGGCCAAAUCUACUGGGUUCUUCAACUACAAAUGAAAUGAAAUCCACUGACUUCAUGCACUCGUCCACUGUAAAUAAAGAACUGACACUUUGUAGUUUUCAAUAUAUAAAAUCGAUUUGAAUGUGUCUGUUGUAGAAUAAUCACCUGGUAACAGUCAAAGGUUCUGCAUCUCUGUAACUUAUAACCAAAGCAUGGCACUGUAUGAAAUACAAGCUGUAACAUGUGUUGCAUCGUGGCAGAAUGAACUCGACCAAAUUCACUCAGUGUUUCUUUCUGGAUGCUCGACACUGUCGCUGCCUCUGUCUCGAUGCUUCGUGGUGAGUGAGUGGGAACGCCGCUCACCCGGAACGUAAAGCAAAAUGAAAGUAAAGAAGAGUAUUUAGCUUCGUGUGCCUUUAACAGUCUGUUCUUUGUGGUUGUUGAGGCGUAGGUAGAAGAAAUGCAGGGCGCUGUGCAGGCAUGCAGUUUGGACGUGGACCAUGUGGUGUUGUUUUUCGUGUGGCUGUGAAGACGCUGGCAUUGACGGUUUUUGGCGGCAGGAGUGAAGGAUAGAUGAGGUUAUGUUUGAGAUUAUGUCUGAAGUCAUUUGUAUUUUUUUUUCUCCUACAUUUCAGAAGAUACUUGAAAGUGUUUUAGGGAACAGAUACAGGACAAUCAUUGCCAAAAGGUCUGAGUGUUGAUGCAGCAGUCGGCCUGCUCUGUUGUUCCUGUGUGUGUGUGUGUGUGUGUGUGUGUGUGAGUGAGAAAGAGAGAGAGAGAGAGAGAGAGAGAGAGAGAGUACUUGUUAUGUCUUUGUGAGGACCAGUUUGAGUCACAGAUCUUAUGGAGUGAGGGCAUUUUAUUCAGUCCUCACAACUUGAGGCUGUUUGAGGGAUAAUAAGUGUUUUUAGGGUUGAUGGUCGUGUGUGUGUGUGUGUGUGUGUGUAUCAGAGCUUAAAGUCUGCUGUACAUGUUGACUGUGGAAAGUUGUGAUAUGUUCACUUCUAACUUAUAAACUGAGACGACUUGGAUUUUCAAACCACCGAUUCAAACCUGUUCAAACAUAUAUAAUCCUUAUUUAAAUGCUUUAUCCAUCAUAUCAUUUCACUGUAUCUAGAGAAUGUUAACGUAAUAUAUCUGGAAUAACACACUGUGUGAAGACUUUAAUAAAUCGUCUGCGCUUCUCG